GCGAGCGCCGGGUAGGAGAGCGAGGGCACUGUUGAGCCGAGUGGCCGGGCGGCGGGGAUGGGCUCGCGCUAGCGACUUGCUCCAGGGCUGGUGUCCUCUCGCCAUGUAGCGCAGGCUACGGGCGCUCUCCUCUUCUCUCCUCUGGUGGACCCGUUCUAGAGCAGCCCGGCGGGGAACAUGCGGAGAGCCCCGGCGCCCGGGCUGCUGCUCCCGCCGCCGUCACCGCUGCUGCUGCUGCUGGGGUUUUUGGUACUGGACAGGGGCUGCACGGCGCAGUACUCGAGCGACUUGUGCACUUGGAGAGGAAGUGGAUUAACUCAUGAGUCCCACAGAAAAGAUGUUGAACAAGUCUACCUCCGUUGUUCUGAAGGAACCAUAGAAUGGAUGUAUCCCACCGGAGCACUGAUAAUCAACCUGCGACCCAAUAUUAUAUCCUCUUCCAAACAUUGGACUGUUUGCAUAAAACCUUUCAAGAACUCUGCAGGAGCAAAUAUUUAUUUGGAAAAAACUGGAGAACUGAAACUACUGGUCCAAGAUGGAGAUCACAGGCCUACUAGAGUGCAUUGCUUCAACUUUGACCAAGGUGGGCUUUUUGUCGAGGCUACCCCUCAGCAGGACAUUAGUCGGAAGAUUACAGGCUUCCAGUAUGAACUGAUAAGUAAGGGGAUGGCAUCUGAUUUGCACAUGAUUUCUGCUCCCUGCCGACCUUGCAGUGACACGGAAGUUCUCUUGGCUGUCUGCUCCAGUGACUUUGUUGUCAGAGGUACCAUCCAAAGUGUAAUCAACAAGGAAGAUCAGCAAGAUUCCAUUAUCAACAUAAACAUUAAUAGAAUCUACAGGCAGAAAACAAGGAUCUUCAGCUCUGCUGAGGAGAGUAGCCAGUGGCAAGGACAGAUCAAGACUCUGCUUCAGUGUGGGGUGAAACCAGGAGAAGGAGACUUCCUCUUCACGGGCAGCAUGCACUUUGGGGAGGCCAGGUUAGGCUGUGCCCCACGUUUCAAAGACUUCCAAAGGAUGUAUAAAGAAGCCAAGGACAAAGGACUAAAUCCAUGUGAAAUUGGCCCAGACUGAAAUGAUGUUCUUCAGCUAUAGGUUACUCUUAGAGCUCAGCCAAAACUAAUUUUUAGUUGCUACAGAUGUGCUGAUUUAAAUGGAACUAAUAACUGAGAGAGGAACCACCUGAUGUCAGGAACACAAUAUUCUCCUUUAAAGAGGUCUAUUAGAGGAGACUAGAUGAGCAUCUAGUAUGGAGGAUCAUUGAAGUCCAGAGACUCCUUAUUGCUGCUGGAGGCUGGACUCUACGAAUUCCAAGGUACCUUCUAACCCUAUCAUCUUACAACUACAAGAACCACACAAGCCAGUCCUUGUGGCCAAUGGCUUGCUUAUGGAAUUGACUGAAGUACAAAGCUGGAAUACAAUCCCAUCUUUAGUCCAUUUGAACUAAAUUAUUUUUAUAACUUCCCUGGGGUGGGGAGGAAUGAAAUGCGUCACAAUCCAUGUCUUAAAAAUAUCAGUCAACCAAUGAACCUUGAAUCUUUGUAAUGCUAAUGUUUAAAAUGUGUUAAGCAGAUGUAGCAUUUUGCAUGAUAUACAUGGACGACAAUGUGGUAGAAGCCGGUGAACCCAUUUUAACAUUGAUGCUUUGUUUAAAAAGAAAAAAAAAGCAAAAAAAAAAAAAAGCUUGGUGUACAAUUUUUUUUAAAUUGUUUCUUAUGACAGAAAUUUAUGAAAUUAAACACUUGCUUUUCUUUUUAAAGAGAGAGAAUGUACAAUUACCACCUGCAGUUUAUGUUCAGAGUGGAUGAGUUGUUUCCAUUCCAGAGAAAUAAAAUGUUCCUGGAUUUGAGCCAAUGUUGUUGUGAUUCCCAUGCUGCUGCUGCCUUCUGCACUUUUAAAUUUCACUGAUUGGUAUCUGUACCAAGGUGGCAAAGAAGCUAUUUUAAGUGCAGGUUCUGUUUGUGUACAACACUCACAUCAUGUUCCAGGGCCUGGAAGCUUGCCUUCUGUCAGAAGGUGUUUAAGGAGCUUCAAGGCAGUGUCUUGAAUUGUAACACCCUAGCCAGCACACCAUAGCAGCUUUGCUCAAAAGUUAGUAAUAGAAGAAUAUUGCGGGGGGGAGGUGGCUGGGGACUUCUGACACCCAUCUUAAAGUUGCCAAGGUUGAGAAACACUGCCCUAUACAUUUAUCAAUCUAAGUACAGUAUUUUUCAGAAAUGUUGUACUUUAAUUUGACUUGAAGAAGUCACUUAUAAAUGAGGUUUGGUGUUUCAGAAAAAAGUAUAACGUAGACAUCAGUGACUUUAGAUACCUGACGAUUUCUAGCCCUGAACAUCCACCGUAGAAUGAGAUACAGGUACAGUGCAGAUGUCUAAAUACAAUCCAAGUGCGCUUGUUCCUGAUGUAUGCUUAUCAAUACGUGUUCAUUGGGAGCUGAAUUUUUUUUAUUCCCAGUUUUAUGAUCUUCAGUAUUAAUCCUCCACCCCAUCCUGUAACAUUCUCAGCUUUAUUAUGCUUAUUAUAAGGGUUAAAAAGCUGCAAUGGUAAUUUAAAACAAAAAUAAGAAAUUGAUUCUUUAAUAUUCCACAAGAACUUUUGGAGGUGGAGUAGCUUCUGUAAAUUAUAAAACCAAUUUCCCUAUAUAAUAAUUCACUUCAAUUAUUGUUGCUGUAGAAGAACAACUCAAAGAGUUUUUCUGCAUCUAUUUUUCUGCAUUCAGUGGUUUUUUUUGGUUUUUUUUAAACUUAUAAGAUGUAUUGGACCCAAACUCUGGGAUCUAAUGUCUUUCAGCUACUUCCAUUUGACACUUUCAUAAAUGUGUAUACUCCAAUUUUGUCUAAGAAUGGAUCUCCAAAUUCACGUGUGUGUGUGUGUACGUGCACCUUCAAGUCAGUGUUGACUCCUGGUGGCUGCCUG